AUGGGCAAACGCCUGGAUCAGCCACAAAUGUACCCCCAGUACACUUACUACUAUCCUCACUAUCUCCAAACCAAGCAGUCCUAUGCACCAGCUCCCCACCCCAUGGCACCUCCCAGCCCCAGCACAAACAGCAGCAGCAACAACAGCAGCAGCAACAGCAGCGGGGAACAGUUGAGUAAAACCAACCUGUACAUUCGAGGCCUUCCUCCAGGCACCACUGACCAGGACCUAAUCAAGCUGUGCCAACCGUAUGGAAAAAUUGUAUCCACAAAGGCAAUUCUGGACAAAAACACAAAUCAGUGCAAAGGGUACGGUUUUGUGGAUUUUGACAGUCCUGCAGCCGCACAGAAAGCAGUAGCGUCUCUCAAGGCAAAUGGCGUGCAGGCACAGAUGGCCAAGCAACAAGAGCAAGACCCAACAAACCUAUACAUCUCAAAUCUCCCCAUUUCUAUGGAUGAGCAGGAGCUUGAGAAUAUGCUGAAGCCCUUUGGACAUGUCAUUUCCACAAGAAUACUAAGAGAUGCUAAUGGAGUCAGCAGAGGCGUUGGCUUUGCCAGAAUGGAGUCUACUGAAAAAUGUGAAGUGGUAAUUCAACAUUUUAAUGGAAAAUAUCUGAAAACACCACCAGGCAUCCCAGCCCCUAGUGAGCCUUUACUGUGCAAAUUCGCUGAUGGAGGACAAAAGAAGCGACAGAAUCAAAGCAAAUACACCCAGAAUGGAAGGCCUUGGCCCAGGGAAGGAGAGGCUGGCAUGGCUCUGACCUAUGACCCCACAGCUGCCAUACAGAAUGGAUUUUAUUCUUCACCGUACAGUAUUGCAACCAACCGCAUGAUUCCACAGACAUCUCUCACGCCAUUCAUUGCUGCUUCCCCUGUCUCCACAUACCAGGUCCAGAGUACUUCAUGGAUGCCUCAUCCGCCAUACGUUAUGCAACCAACAGGUGCUGUGAUUACGCCGACAAUGGACCAUCCUAUGUCAAUGCAGGCAGCAAACAUGAUGGGCCCCCUGACACAACAGAUGAAUCAUCUUUCAUUGGGCACAACAGGAACGAUUCAGUCCCAAGACAGGAUUAUGAUACUCCACCAGCUGUUGUGUCAGUAUAUGACUGCUGCGGCUCCUAUGCAAGGGACCUACAUUCCCCAGUACACGCCUGUGCCUCCGACAGCUGUUUCUAUUGAAGGUGUUGUUGCUGAUACCUCUCCCCAGACAGUGGCACCUUCAUCCCAGGACACCAGUGGUCAGCAGCAACAGAUAGCAGUGGACACAUCCAACGAACAUGCACCUGCAUAUUCUUACCAACAGUCUAAGUAA